AUGCUGAUUGCCAGCAACACCAUAACACACGCCAAACAUUUCGCCAGCGUGUUGCUCUCCUUGAAACCGGUUGAGAGGCAACGAGUACUGCUGCACAGACACCUAGUGGACCUCAACAACGCGCUGCGAGCCCGGUUCAACGACCUGCGAAAUGGCUACUUUGACUACGUCGCCAUUCCCUUUGAUAUUGAAAAGCAACCGAUACGCCCGUACGAUCUUCCGUACGGCGCCCUGAUUAGAGGCCGGGACGAAAAAAUGCUGCAAAAUAGACUCAUAGAACCGCAGAUGCUGAAUCUCAAAACUAAAUGGCCAAACUUGUUUUACAACGACUUCCUGUACAGCAACCUGUCGACAUACCACGUCCAUGUCUCGCUCACGCCGAUUGUGAUGUACGAAUCCGACGAGUCGAUCGUCCACUACAAACGCGAAUACCAGAAACGAAGCAAGCAGCUCAGAGACUCGGGGAAAUACUCCCCUGUGCCCAUCAACUUGGACGGCAAAGUGAAAAUGUUCACCAGAGUCGACUACCAGCGGUUUUUCUUGGCGCUUCCGCUCGACGAGCCCACCGUGAAGCUGAUCGAGCCUAUCUGCGACGCCUUCUGCGACAUAAGGUUCUCCCAGGACGACAUUGGCUACGUGAACGGCGAGGUGCCCGGAUCGCCAACGUGGAAGAUUGAUGGUUUGCACGUGACGCUUGGAAUGAACGCGCUUCCGCAGCCGCCGACGAACAACUUCCCCUUUGGCAUGUACGAGCUGAGCUAUCUAAACAACGUGCUCCUCAAGCCUAAAGAGGAACUGCUAAAAACGUUCCCUGAUCGACUGGGCCUGGAUCUAAUAAGCGACGUCAAGCUGGAACUGACGCGCGAGGAGCUGCAGGAGCUGCAGUUCGAGAGUUCGCGGCUGGUUUGUUCGCUGGACAGAGGCGAGCUAUGGGAAGAUCUCUGA